AUGGAUUGUGGACCCCUUGCAACAUUCGACGAUGAGGAGGUUGGAAAGAGUGGUAUCAAAUGUCCAGACGGAAGUUACUGUCCAUCAUCAAGCACCUGUUGUCCCAGUGGAAAUGGUGGCUACGCUUGCUGUGGUCAACCAAACGCAUCAUGUUGUACCGACUUUAAAUAUUGUUGUCCAUCAGGUUUCACAUGUACUGACGAUGGCAAGAUGUGUAUACCACCAUCAAUGUAUCAACAACAUUUGUGUGUCUCAACAACAAACGAGUCUGAUUAUCAUCCAAUAGCGAUAUUGAUCGAGGAGUUGAAGAAUGAGGAUGUACAGCUUCGUUUAAACUCAAUCCGUAAAUUACAGGCAAUUGCUAAGGCAUUGGGUCCAGAGAGAACUCGUAACGAGUUGAUUCCAUAUAUACAGGAGACUGAAGAGGAUGAGGAUGAAGUGCUCGUUGCACUAUCAGAGGAGUUGGCUAAACUCACAGACUUUGUUGGUGGAAAUGAACAUAUUACUUGUUUGCUACCACCAUUGCAAACGUUGGCAGGUGCAGAGGAGGUCAUUGUCAGAGAGAAGGCUGUAGAGGCCAUCUGUAAGAUAUGUCAGGAUCUUCCACAGCGUGCCUUUGAGGAUAGCUUCUUGCCAUUGGUGCUCAACCUCUCCAAGGCUGAUUGGUUCACAUCGCGUACAUCUGCAUGUGGAUUGUUGACUGUAUCAUACCCAAGAGCAUCACCAGACAUGAAGAAGAACCUUAGAAAGACCUUCAUCACUCUCUGUCAUGAUGACACACCAAUGGUUAGAAGAGCAGCUGCCACUCACUUGGGUAACUUCUCCAAGCAAAUUGAGAAGGACUCGGUCAAGUCAGAGAUGCUUCCACUGUUCACUUUCUUGGCCAGUGAUGAGCAAGAUUCAGUCAGACUGCUUGGUGUUGAGAACUGUUCCAUCAUUGGAUCCAUUCUCACCAAUGAGGAGAACGUUCAAUACAUACUUCCCAUCCUCAAGUCAAGCGCUCAGGACAAGUCCUGGAGAGUCAGAUACAUGGUCGCAAAGUUCUUCAAAGAGCUUUGCGAUUCAAUGGGACCAGAGAUCACAAGAUCAGAGUUGGUUCCAGCAUUUGUUAAGUUGUUGAAGGAUACUGAGCCAGAGGUACGUACUGAGGCCGCUCAGAGAGUGACAGAGGUGUGCUCGAUCAUCCCAAAGGAUGUGGCCAUCAAGAGCAUCCUCCCAUGCGUCAAGGACCUCGUCUCUGAUUCAUCACAACAUGUGCGCGCUGCACUGGCACAAGUGAUCAUGGGACUGGCUCCAAUCUUUGGAAAGGAUGACACCAGACAACACCUCUUGGACCUCUUCCUCCAACUGCUAAAGGACGACUUCCCCGAGGUUCGUCUCAACAUCAUUUCAAAACUGGAUCAGGUCAACAAGGUCAUUGGCAUUGAAAUGCUCUCCCAUUCCCUCUUGCCAGCCAUCGUUGAGUUGGCUGAGGAUCAACAAUGGCGAGUUAGACUUGCUAUUAUAGAGUACAUCCCAUUGUUGGCUUCACAAUUGGGAGUUGAGUUCUUUGAUGAGAAACUCGGUAACCUUUGCAUGACAUGGUUGGGCGAUAGUGUGUUCUCAAUCAGAGAGGCAGCCACCAACAACUUGAAGAAACUGACUGAGGUGUUUAGCGUCGAGUGGGCCAAGUCAACCAUCAUCCCAAAGGUCCUCACCUUGCACUCUCAUCCAAACUACUUGUACAGAAUGACAACUCUUUUUGCCAUCAGUGUCCUCUCCCCAGUCGUUGGAAGCGAUGUUAUCUCAAGCUCUAUGAUUCCAUUGCUCUCAAAGAUGGCCACUGACAAAGUGCCAAACAUCAGAUUCAAUGUUGCCAAGACACUCCAAAUCAUUAUCCCUCUGAUCGACAGCACUCUGGUCCAAUCCAAGGUCAAGCCACUGCUCACCAAGCUCAUCUCGGACGAGACUGACAAAGAUGUAAAGUUUUAUGCCAACCAAGCCCUGCAGCUUUGCUAA